ACAUGGAAAAUUCACAUCUUAAUACGGCACACAUGUACGGUAGGAGGGCAGAAAACUAUGUCAGAAGUCGACGGUACGACGAAGCCACGGAAUGCCACCGGAAGGCCGUGUUUCACUUUGAGGAAGCACUCAAAAUCCACGGCUCACCACUGGUCCAGGAGUCGUUGCAGUUGCAGCAUAAGUACCACCUGAAGCAGAUCGACCGAUUGCGCGUCAAGAAGCAGCAGUACGAACGGUACCUCAAAGCCAUGGACUAUCAGCGACGAAAGAAUCCCCAGUGGUUGAUGCAGCAAAACGAAAAGAUGGACAAGUAUAACGAGCUUCAGGUGGCGAUCUACCAUAAUCUCGAUGAUACCGACGGUUUGUUGGAGACACUGAGCAAAAGUCUAACUUCAACCGGUGGUGAUGGUGGCACCGCACCGAAGGUGGCCGGGGAAUUGAUUGGCCUCAAUCACUCGCUACACAUCCUGAUCCAGAGGAUGGCCCAAAACAUCGACGAGUACGCGACGGAGAACGAAAUGCUGCGGGAAAAGUUGCGUUGCUACGAGAAGGAGAAGGACAGUGUCACGCAGGGAAAGGUGGAAGGGCCGGCCAGUGCGCUCGGCAAGGAUCGCGAUGUGCCGAAGCGCGAUACGGAUUCGGCCAGGGACGACAAUUUGGCUGCACUGGCACCGCUCGAGAUGCCCGUUUUCGAUCUAUCCGAGUUUGAAGCCCAUUAAUUGGCCGGGGCGGCGAAUUGGCCGCUCUCCCCGGCCUAGCGUUCGGGAAUGUUUUGUAGGAUGUGUGAUAACAUUACUUAGAUUAUUUUAACGACCGAAGCAGCAGCGAUCCCAAGCGGUGUACGAUCUUCUAGAAAUGUAAUUAUUUUGUAGAUGAAAUCCUUCUACGGGGUUGAUAUGUUAGUUGUUGUUUAACGAUCGCAAAUA